UCUGGAAUUUUACGCGAAAGUGGUGAUAAAUAGGAAUAUUUGGUUGAUCAUGGGGCAGAAAGUCAGUUCUAGUCCCAGGACGGUGUACGGGGCCGCGGUUGGUGGGGCAGACUCGCCGGGUGGUUCGACAGCCAGUGGCGGGUACCUUUCAAUUGGUAGUUCCAAUGGACAUCACAAUGGAGCCCGUAUUUAUUCUAGUGCAUCCUCUUCGACAAAUGGACAAAGGAACCGCGCUCGGUCUUUAGGCAGCACGAGUACUCAUACAAAUGGACAAGCAAUGAAUAUACCUGGGGGGUCGGGACCAAGUAGAGGCCCCGAUUCGGACCCUAGUUCAUCAGAGAACAGUGCCCCCAGUUCAGGGUCAGGAGGUGGGGGCAGUGGAAGUGGCACCAGCUCUAGUGGUGCAAGUGGAUCAGGGGGAGGGGGAGGAAGGAGUAGGGGGAGAAGUUUCCCCUUUCACGCUCAGUCUCUACCUACACAUCUAUUUGCUCCGGCUUUAUUACAAGGUAUCAAAUGUCCAGUAUGUUCCAAGUUUGUCGGUGCCGAUAAUAUUGAGCUUCAUUUGCUUGCCUGCCUCACCAAACCCAGGAUUGUAUAUAAUGAAGAUGUACUAACGUUAGACUCAGGGGAAUGUGUAAUAUGCCUAGAAGAUAUGCUACAAGGGGAUACCAUAGCAAGACUGCCAUGCCUUUGUAUUUAUCACAAAAGUUGUAUCGACAAUUGGUUUGAGAGGAAUCGAUCGUGUCCGGAGCACCCGAACGACUAGGAGCAGAGUGUGUGUGUGAAUCUAAAG